UGGAUGGUGGAUGAGGAACAACUCCAUGUUAUUCAUUAUACACUUGGCCCCCUUAAACCGUGGGAUUGGUGGACAUCUUGGCUUUUGAAACCCGUUGAUGUCUGGCAGAAUGUUCGGGUACAGCUUGAGGACUCUCUCCCUGGAACUGGAGGGGGCAGAAAUCCUAAUGACGAACUUUUAGUUAAAUUUCUUUUUGUGCUCCCCUUGUUUGUUCUGCUUUUCUGUUACUAUCGGACUUUUCUUCAGACACGUUCUAUGUGCGGCCAUAUUAGACACCUUUACUACAAAUUCAGAUCUGGUGGUGCUAUUGCAUACUCAGCAGUUUCUUCUGCUACCAUUAAUUCUAAUCAGCAGUUUUCAAAUAGUGCGCAAUCCAAGGUGCCUGUUUUUCUGGGAGGGAUAUCCAUCUUUGUCUGUUUUAUGGCUGCUGUGGUGUCCCUUGCACUUGCACUCUCAGUUGUCCCUCGGCAAGUAAUGCCAUGGACUGGUAUGCUCUUGAUGUACGAGUGGACAUUCACCAUUUUCUUCCUAUUGUUUGGGUGUUACCUGCAUUUGAUCUAUAAAUGGGGAAAGCUGGUGGGAAAUCAAGUAGGAUCAUCUUCUUCUCGCCCUGGAACUUUGGAUUAUGAUUCCGGAAAAGGUCAUCAGCGUCAUCUGUCUUGCGACGUUGCUACAUGGUAUUAUGGGGUAGGGAUGGCAUUUCUGGCUAUUGCUGCCCCUUCAUUGCCUUGUGUUUUUGGCAUCACUGCUCUGUUUUUAAGGUACUUUCCAUACUAG